AUAGUUUUUUUUUUUUUAACCGUAAGGCUAGUCGAAGCCUCGACGCACUGGUACCACGCUUAGUCUACUCCGACUACUUAUCCGGCGGCUCGUUCGUGUAACCCUGAGACGCAGUUUCGCACGAGCGAUGUGUGAAGGACAUCCAGACGCGAUGUGUUCGCCAAUACUUACGUAGAAGCGCAAAUAGCCGCGACAAACUCUCUCUCUCUCUCUCUCUCUCUCACUCUUGCCUGGAUACAUCUUUGCCGAAAGCAUACACGGCUUUCGCUCGAUUGAGCGUCCGGGAGAUUUAUUUUUAGACUUGGGUGCGUUAUUACGAUAAAAUGCGGUUUAUAAAUUUACCUCUCACGAAUCCGUACAUAAUAGAAUUGGAUACAUUACCUUCUACGCCACAAUGGAAUUGAAAACUUUCUAGAUUUCGUUUCGAUGCACGUCCUUAUAGAAUCCCACAACACUCCCUGCCGCAAAGUAUACAAAGAAAAGCGCUUUCUUCCUUUGCAUAACACUGCGUCAGAGUAAGUGUCCCCUGAAAGGGUAAAUUCAAUGACGUAAUGAGACAGCAUCGACAUAAACACACGGCGAUCGUCGAGCGCAAUUUCGGCACUUAGCCAUAUAACUCUCAUGAAUUAUGUCUCAUUCCAGUUCGCGAUCGUAUACAUAUAACAUUACGCGGUGUAAUAGUAGGCGAGUCGUGAAAAGUUCUCGACAUAGCUCUCAUCGAUCCCCGCUGAUACGCGUCAUCAUCAGUGUUAUCGAGAAAUUGCAGCGUUAUGGAGGCAAAGUUGGCCAAGUACGCGAGGUACCGGAACGUCGUGAGGAGGCUUUUGUUGUUGAGCGGGAUAUGGCCGCAUCUCGAGGACACCUGCAGGCUCUACAGGGUGCUCACGUUCUCCGCGACUUUCGUCAUCGCCGCCCUCGGGGCGAAGGUUUUUGCAUACUGCAUCGAUAACAUCGCCCACGUCUCGCUCUUCGCCAAGGGGAUGAGCAACGCUUUCAGCUUUUAUACCUCGGUUUUGAAGGUGCUUUGUUACCUGGUCUACCGCAAGGACCUCGUAAUGCUGAACGACUGUCUCGGGCGCCGGUUCGAGGAUGAGCUGAAGCGCGAGGAUCGCAGACCCCUGCUUCUCCAGAGCAUCUCGGUGUACACGAGGUUUAUGUGCAUCGUGGCUGGUCUCACAGCUACGGCGCUCGUUUUCUACACUCUCGUCCCCCUCGUGUUCAUCUUCAAGUACAAGAAGCUCACACAGAUCUAUCAGGGCAGAUACCCGUUCGCAGUGGAGCCGGGCGGCAGAGUCUACUGGUGCGUCUGCUUCGUCGAAUCGAUCUCCGUAGUGUUCGUCUGGAACGUCGUCUGCAGCGUGGACAACGCGUUCGGGCUGCACAGCUUUCGAAUGUGUGGGCUGCUGCGUAGUCUCGCCGACAGAUUCGCAAAAUUGCAACCCGACGAUCCGGGUUACAUCGUGGAGCUGAGGGACUGCGUGAGGACGCAUCAGCUGGUGCUGAGAGCCAAGGAGGCGCUGCAGAGGGUCUACGGGCUGGUCGUACUCUGGACUUACGUGACCAGUGCCAUCAUCAUGUGCAGCAUUCUGUAUCAGGCUGAUCAGGCGAAGAAACACAUGACCGUGACGAGAGUGAUUUUUUUCACAUCCUACAUCACGCUGAAACUGCUCCAGUCUUUCACCUAUGCCUACUACGGCUCGCUCGUCUCGCAGGAAAGCGAAAAGUGUCAAAACGCAAUUUACACGUCCAACUGGCCGGGCUCCGGAGAUUUGAGAUUGAUGAAGGACGUUCUGAUCAUACAGUCGCAGCGGCCGAUCGUUCUCAGAGCUAACGGAUUUUUCAUCGUCUCGAUGGAGAUGUUCGAAAAGAUAGUAAACACGACGAUAUCCUAUUUCUUUCUACUGCAGGCCGUGGAGGAAAAGUAAUUUCUCUUUCUGCUGAUACGCGCAAGAGCUAUGUUUGAAAUUUGAUCUGGAGGAUAUUUUUUGAGCUCAGCUGAACGUAAAAUUAUAAGAUUAACACGUCAAUUGUUGUUUAUAAUAAAAUUUAAUUUGUCUUGAAAACCAUCGAGUGGGGAACGUAAUUAUAAUCUAUUUUCCAAAUGAAAUUAGUGCAUGAAGUUUUUACAUCAUGCUAUGCUAUCUUUAUGUUGGACAAUUAGCUCAAAAAUAGCUUGUAAUUUCCAGACAGUAUCCGCGCAGAAAGCUAUUUAUGUAUAACGUGUUAUAUAAAGAAGCAAACAAAGUUUCCCCGAUGUUCAAGAUAAAUUGAGUAAUCAUCUUACACACUGUGCAGUACAUCUGUUGUAAGUCGCAUAGCAAUUUUCUUACCCAUCUUGUGCAAACCAAUCAUUAUGAAUUAUUUUUGCAACAUGAAGUAUAGCCGACCAACUUUGCGGGUUUCCGCGCAUCAAAUAAACUUUCAACGAAUUGCUUCCUGCAAAAAUAGCUGCUCUCGAAAAUAAGUAAACACAGAAAAGUUUUGAUUAAUUUGUACGUGUAUUUCUUUCUUCCCUAUAAAAUUGCCUUUCGUAGUUACAAAUGCAUGUUUUCUCUAUACUAUAUCAUCAAACAAUCAUCUUACGUAGAAAGACUCACCAAUGUCUUUUCAUACCUUUGUACUAUAUCAAGCAAUUUUUUCUGCUACGAAUAAAAACCUAUACGACAGUUAUAGUUACUUUGAUGUCGCGAGUAAAAACUUUGUUUUUACAAGCAACUUACUUAAUUUUAGUCCCUAUUAGUAAACAGUUAAGACUAUGUAUUUGUGAGAGAAGAAAAAUUUUUUCUAUCAUCGAGAAACGUAGUUAUCUUUAUUUAUAUAACAGUACAAUAACAUUUUUAUUAUGAUUAGAUUAUAUCAGUACUUAAAUAAUUUUUUUUUUCAAUCAGACUUUGCGGGUGGAAUGUAGAAAUAAAAACGAUUUCUCAAAAAUGCGAGAGCUUCUUGACUAAAUAAAAUUCCUACUAAAAGUACGAUGUUAAAAACUGAUGCUUACUGCCACUUGGUGGCAAACGCGUA